AUGUCCGACCUCUCGUUCUCUCCAGAGCCUGUCACCAGGAAGCGUAAAUCCACUGGUGCUAGCUCCACACAAGCUACCAAAAAGCCUCGCGGUCGCGGUAAAAAGUUACAGCCGGACUCAUACGAGGCGGCAAAAGGAUAUGUUGACUCUGUGCUUGCAGCUCCGGAGUCAUUUGACCUGCCCGAGGAUAGCGAGUCGAUUAGGGAUAUGAUGGCUACAAUUGCUCAGUAUGCAAAAAGCCUCGAGGGUUCCAUAGCAGUCGCUGGCCGCACAGGUCGAGAUGCACCUCUCCUAAAGACACCCACACAAAUUGAAGAAGAAGUAACGAGAAUCACGAAUCUCAUCAAUCGGGGCGUUAAGAAACUGAUGACCUGGAAACCCAGUUGUAAACACACCGGGUCCAGGUAUGUAUUUGACGGAGUAUGUCCUGAUUCUCGCGUCUUUGGCGCGAUAUUCGGCUUGGAUGGUCCUCCAACCUGGAAGACGAAAAAAUUCACCUAUCACGAGUUCGAGAAGUUCGUUGGAAGAGUCGAAGGUCGUGCGCGAUAUUCAUCUCUCGUACUCACGAGCGAUGUCAAUGUGCGCUACAACCCCGAAACCGGCGAAUUCAAAGUGAGCGGAAGUUAUGGGGAUGCUCGAAUGAGAUCCGCCCGGUCAGAAGUAGCGCACGCUCCCUUGAUGUUGAACACAGUGGCUGCAUUUGGUGACUCUGGAUGA